AUGGUUAAGAGUCGCGGCAUAGAAACCAUCGGCAAGCUAUUUCGCGGACUUUUGCCUCUUCUAAUCAAGGCGCACUUGAGCCUUAUUAUGCCAAAAAGGAUGAAAAAAGUGGAACCUCCGUGCAAUAUUUGUACUCGUCUUACUUCGCCGGCUGCUUUCAAUUCACGUAAUCCGAAAAACUUUUAUAAAUUGCCUGUCAGGAGACGAAGGGAGUACUGCGAGCCAAGUAGAUGUAAUGCGAAAGUCGGUACAGAUUUGAGAUCCGAACUUGAUUCACGUCCCUACAAUGUCGAUCGUAUCGCAGAUAAAAUUCAGGAUUCGAGGAGAAGCGCUCAGAAUCUCGAUAAAUGCUCGAAACGUGACAAGAGAAAGAUUCAACAGGAAGAUGUACUGGUAUCCUUGCAAGAUCCCAGGAUAAUUGAUUUAAAAAACGUUCAUGAGGCGGUGGAGAACUGUUUACGAGAAAUGGGAAAGAUAAAAACAUUUUUGGAAAAUGAAAAUUCUUGGUGGAAACUUCUAAAGGCGCGUUCAACUGAUUGUUGCCAACAAAAAUUGCCACAUCUCCAUGGGGUCUUGGAUGGAUCAUCGGUUACAUUAAUGUUGCUGGAAGAAGAGACCGACCAGAUUCCACGUCAUUUUGUGACAGUGAGAUCGCAAAAAAGAAGUGAUGUUACCGAUUCGAACUUUCGAACUUCUUCGAGAGAAUUGGGAAGUGAACAAUAUACAGAUUCUUGGAAGGAACAUGCGGAAGAAUAUUUAGAUACUUAUACAGUUCCAUAUUACAAUCUCGAUAUAACAUCAACGUUGAUUGAAGUUGCUAGUACUGACGGACAUGAAUCGACUCAACGAUACGCUAAAAGAGCUGUUACAAGUAAACAGAGUACUGUUACUUCCGAAUUUUGGACGGAAGGGCAGGAAGGUAGAAGCGACGAAGACAAAAUUCCAGACAGAUUACCUAGAUCCAAAGAAAUACGUGACAAAAUACAAAUUCAAGAUAAAAAAAAGGGGACCGACAAAUCAAAGAUUGUGCCACCGAGAGAAAUAUGGUACGGCCAGAACAACACACAAACAAUGUUCGAAGAUAGAUUAAAACCCCGACAAACACAUAGUAGUGAAAAUACUGGAAGCAAGAGACUUGCUGUCACUGCUGAUUUUGAAUCAAAUGUAGAUUUAAACACGAAACUUUCAUCUAGAAAUAUAGCAAAUCAUAAACCAAGAACGAAAACGAUCAUUGAAAAAGGCAUUAAUCGCAUUCAAAAAUUUCCAACAAAAAUUUUAAAGGCUAAAAGCAGGGAUUAA